AUGGCAAAGGAAGCUGCCUGCGCAAACUUAGACAUCAACGACGAGAUCCAUCCUCGUGAUAAUGGUCUCAGACCAAACAUCGAGCUAGAAUUCUAUCAACCAACCGCCAUCAACCUCGCAAUGCACUUAGAGCGGUGCCAAGGAGUGCCUCCACGCCAGCGUGUAUCAUCGUUCCGGUUUGCACUAACCACGUCCGCCGUUGAUGGUGCGCCUCCAAGCGUAAUCAUCGUGAACCGAUCUUCCGCAAAAGCACCUGAGAGUUGGAAAGACAAUGCGGAUACGAUCGAAGAGGGCCUACCGAUGCUUGGGCGUCGAUAUCUCAAUCACUACGCGGCGUGGAGUGGGUAUACCGGUGGAUCUGCUGUUCUCCAUAGCUGCUACGACGUGCCCACGCGGUAUAUUCCAGCGCCCGCUCUCGAUGACAGCUUUCUGGCGAGUUCGCAGAGCCACAUGAUCAAGCAGCACAGAACAUUCAAGUUUACCCAGGCGAUCGUCAGCGAUAUUGAAGCGGCUAAUCAAGCAGGUAUUGAACCUACUGUCCUGACCAUCGGCGUUGAUGGUUGGUUUUGUGACACGAGGAUGAUUCUUCCAUGGCUACAGGCUUCAACCCUCCAAUUUGAACUAGUUAUUCGAACUAGUCAGCCAGCAUAUGGCAUGACACGUCGUUUUGCAGAAGAACACGGUGGUAUCUACUGGUGGACAUACCAGACUAAGGCAAUCUUGCAGGCGCUGGAGCAAGGUGCUGGCCACGAUGAAAAGACAGACGAGCUAAUCGCCGCCUGGAAGCUCCUCCAGUCCAGCAAAGACGUUGCGUUCGGCAUGUCAUGCGGCCGCAAUGCAAUCGACACAACCCUUCAGUUUUCCGAGAUCGAAUAA